UGGACCAGUCAGACUGUCAGGGGCCUUUGGGAAACUGGGAUCAGUAUCAGUUGCUAGUUGGAAUGGGUGGUAAAGGGAGGCAGUGAAUGGAGGGAGUCUCUGGUCAAGCAGUCGAGUGUUUCAAAAGUUCCUCUGGAUUGUAAGAAGUGACUUCGAAGAGAAUUACAAAACACGGCCUAAGAGCUAAAGAACGUAGCCCGCUAUAUAAUCUCGUUUAUUGUGACUUUUAUUGCCGUUAAUUUCACAGGGCUAUUCACGAUGGAACUCAUUAACAUCUUAAUGAUCCUCGGCGCGCUUUCCCCUGCAGCUUUGCCCAGGGUACUAGGAGACGCCAUAAAUGAUGGCAGCGCUCUAGAACCUGGAAGAUUAACAGCACCCCAGGCUUCCUAUAACACACAACCAGCUGAUAGCAGAACUAUGACCGCUGGAUUGGCUGCUAGCCAUGUGUUGAAUGUGACUUCUACUACGCCAGUGUCCCUUAUAUCAGCUACCAGUUUUGCGUUCCCUGGGGUAGCUGAAUCAACUAUUAGACCAGUGCCUUUCGGGUCACCUGCUAGCCAAGUGUCCCCCGAAGCAGCUACUCGUCCAACGCCCAAUGAAUCAACUACUAAACCAGUGACCCCAGGGGUAGCUUCUGGACCAGAGUCUCUUGCGGUGGGUACCUCCAGCCCCAUGGAAUCGUGCCCGGUUAUAGGGGGACCGCAGGUGGCUGGGUCUAUCGUUAAAUGUUACUGCCAAGGAGAUGAAAUCCUUGAGGACGAACAAUGUCGACCUUACGACGGGAAUACAGUCAUUCCCGCCCAGAGGGACUUCCUACUUACUUGGGAGGAAGAUACAACCAACUACGACGUGACAGUGAAGGACAUCAACUGUGACCCAGCCAAGCAUCUCUCCUUCAACUUCACGGAGGGCCAAUUCCAUCUGAGACCCCGGGGGGACAUGGUCCUUCUCCAGAAAGCCGGCGAACUUGAAGGCCAGCGCAUUAACAAGUACUGCCUCAUCCACCACUUAAAUCCUUACGGUGAUUUGACAUACAUGAUCAAGGCAUGUGUGCCCAUACCGUCUGUGCCAAGAUGCUGUCCUCCUGGACAAGCCAUGAAAGACGGUUCGUGCCAGCCAGCCAGGACGCCUCAGUUGCUCAGACCUCCUAUAUCUGCAAAACCAUUUUCCAAGAACGUAGCCUGGUCCAACAUCACAAAUUACGUCAGUCCACUGACAUGCGACUCCGAACCCAUGAUAACUAUACCUCUUGAUUAUAAGCAGUCUAACUUACUGUCCCUCGCUGACGGUGUAGUAAAUGGCUGGAUUCCAGAUGAGGUCGACAUGAGACGCGUAUAUCACAAGUGCCCUGAAUAUUGUGUUGACGGGAUUGAGAACUCUGAUGUCUCUACUGAUUACUUCACGAGCUUUUGCUACAUCAAUCCGACAGAGGCCUUUCAGAAAUCCUGCUCAAAUGGGACGUGCAUUAACAAAUGCUGCAACAAGGGGUACUCGAUGGACAUCAAUCGCUUCAGCUGUGAGCCAGAUCCCAACAAUACUUUCAGUCCACCUGGUUUGUCCAGUUUCAAUGUUGUGACUGGAUGGCCUGUGUGCAAGCCAAUUAUCAGAGCCGAGGGGAUGGUUAACAUAGGCAUGGAUGGUAGUCUGAAUGCUGAAGGCAGAGUUAUUCCCACCACCGAAUUCUGCAUUGAUACAUUCAUCGACGUUACUAUUCGUGAACAAGGUGCUCUGAUAUGCCUAAAUGACACUCCCACUUGGCUGAAGGUGCGACCAGUUCUGUUUUCCAUUUGUCAAGUGAUUUCUCUCAUGUUCCUGAUUACCACCAUCUUUCAUCUGCUAUUGUCGUCAGGGUUAUUGGCCACUGAGGAUUCGUGCCUUUUCUUUUAUGCAGUUUCGCUCUGUAUUGCAUAUUCCGCAAGCCUGGCAGUUCAUAUUGCUGGUAGAAGCAUGGGUGACGCGGCCUGUUUCAGAACCGCCAUCGUUAUGCAGUUUGGAUUUCUUGCAACGUACUUCUGGUUGAAUGCAAUGUGCUUUGAGACGUGGAGAGAAACGUGGAGUCUCAAGGAUUACUUGCCCAUCAGAUUGUGCCGUAAGAGUAUUUAUGCGUUGUAUGGCUGGGGAAUCCCUCUUUGCAUAUGCAUAAUUACAAUCGUAAUGCAGAACCUGGCUCCUGACAACGUUUGGGGUGUGAUCAAGCCGAAUAUUGGAGUUUCAAGUUGUUGGUUUCAUGAUGAUGCGGCUUUACUAGUCUACUUCUACGGCCCGAUUGGCGUCCUAUCUACCUGGAACGUGUUGCUUCUCGUCCUGACACGUCUGAACUACAGGAAAUCGACCGAGACCUCAAGGGCCGAGGAAAAUCAACUUGAGAGCGAAAAGGAGAAGAAACCCCCAACAGAAAUCACUGGUCACGUUGAAAGAUUCUCUACGCGGUUGAAUAUCCUGACUUUUGCGGUCUUGUGUUGGUGCACGGAAGUCCUAUCGUGGAAAGUGGCUCCUCUGGAACUCUGGGCACUGACAGACACCUUGAACUCCUUACAAGGGAUCACCGUCCUCCUACUUCUGCUGUCAAGGACAAAGAGAGUCUCGCCAACAGACGCCAAGGGCGAAAACCUCCUCAGACUGUCGAAGAAAGUCCUGGGGAAACUGAGGAAAACUUUCCGCUAUGAAGUCAAUUCUUCAGAUUCAACGAGAACCGAAUUCAAAGCAGCUGUUUGAAUUACGCUUAUUUUACUGACGUGAUUCUGCUUCGUCACUCAGCUUUGCUGUUUGAACUACGCUCAUCUUCUGAUUUGGUCUUGCUUCGUCAUUUAGCUUUGCUGUUUGAACUACGCUCAUUUCUCCCCACGUGAUCCGGCUUAGUCCUUUAGCUUUGCUGUUUGAACUACGCUCAUUUUCCUGACGUGAUCCUGCUUUGUCCUUUAGCUUUGCUGUUUGAACUACGCUCAUUUUUCCUGAAGUGAUCCAGCUUCGUCCUUUAGCUUUGCUGUUUGAACUACGCUCAUCUUCUUCUGAUGUGAUCCUGCUUUGCUUUUUAGCUUUUUGAAAACCCUUUAUGAUGAGCAAUUUCAGAAGUGGUAUUUCCAAUUCUAAUUACCUCUUCGCAUCGUAUAACGGGUCUCGAUAUUUGAAGCCACAAAGAUGCCUUAGUAAAGUUGCGAAUCAACAACUUAUACUUUAAAAAGGUCGAAGGAAGCUUGCUCAAUGAAUGACGUCAGCAGAAGCUGACGUGACAAUCACUGUCACAUGUCCAAAUCCUUUGUUCCUUAGAAAUGUCGAAAAAUAAUGAAAAUAAACGCCGUCGAUUUAUUCGACUCACAUUUAACUUGAAAACUAUUAUUCUAGCAAUCUCUGGAUACUCACCCCUGCCUCCAUCUCCAACUUUCCUAAUUCCUUUUUGUAACCUCCCCCAAAGCUUCCAUUUCUCUGAAAGGGCCGCCCCAGCAGCCCCCCUCCCCCACUGCCCAACGAAUCACUCCCCUCUGAAAUUCUCUGUAAAGAAUAACAAUUCACAUAGAGAUCAGGAUUCCAUAACAGAAUUUCUCUAGUCAGAAUUAUGAUCAUACGUUCCUUACAAAAUUAGGUUAGGAAGCUGAAUACGUCAAAUAAGUGCUUGAGAAGAGUGCCAUACUCGAAAAUAAACGUGAUCUCGGUAUGAAUAACGAAUGGUGUUGUAAGUAUAUAAAAUCACACAAUUAAUGAUAAAAAUGUUAGAUAUAUGAGUGUAUAACAUGGAAAAGAUGAUCAACUAGAGAACUAAAUAUUUACGUAAAUUGAAGGCAGUUGAUAUUCGACGACAAGGGAAAAUCUACAGUAAGAAGAAAGCGAUUCAUAAAGACAACCUAUACAAAGAAAAACAGAUUUGUAAAGACAACCUGCGGUAUGACAAGACCUUUUUAAAGAGAAUAAUCUGCACUUAGAAAAAAAAGUUUAAUAAAAAUCUCCAGUAAGAAAGAGAGUGUUUUGUAAAAAAGUAAAAAAAUUGAAAAAGCCAACCUCAUAUCAGGUAAGGUUGGCAAAUACGGACAAAUGUACCUGUGUCAGUUGGAAACAAGUCCCAUGUUAAGCUACUUAAAUGUGAUCUAUUACAGCCACGAUUCAGAUUCAAACUUUAUAUGAAGCCGAAAAUCUGUAAGAUGAAUCUGAAUAUGUGCUGAGCUAUAUAAUAAAAUGUUGCUUAACUUAAA